CGCAUUUUGAGUUUGCACUUGUCGCGACCAUGUCGAUGUCCAGCUUGAGCGCGUUCUUGGCCGCGUCCGGGGCGCUGGCGCCCGCGAGCUCGCCGGGCGACAGCGUCAUCUCGGAGCGCAAGACGAUCCUGUCGGCGUUCACGUCGCUCGACCUCCAGCUGCAGACGGACGCCAACGGCGACGUCGUUCUCAAGUCGUCGGCGCGGGACCUCCUCGCGCAGCGCAAGCACGAGAAGGCGCAGGAAGAGAUGCAUUUGCGCCAAGCCGCCUUGGCGAAAGAGCAAAAGCAGAACGCGCCGGUCAUCGAGUCGGCGUUUUCGCAGGCCGUCGGGGCGUUUGCGACCGAGAACGACGAGUACUUUACGCCCAAGGCCACGGCCGGCGGCAAGGCGAAAGGUCGCAACCAGUCGCGCCGGGCGCGCCAACGCAGCGAAAAGGAAAAGGAAAAGAGCGAAAACUACUCGGGCAAGGUCAAGACGCGCUCGACGAUGCAGGUCAAGCGCGCCGAGCGGAAAGAAAAGUACAAGCGCGUCUACUAGAGGCCUAUCUAAAUCGACUAAUUCUAUGCGUACGAGACUCCAUA